AUGUCGUGCAAUGUGCAUUUGCACCCAACACGCACUGCGUCCCUCCCUCCCCCGCCGCUCUUCCUUUCGCCUGGUCCCCCUCCGGUAGACCCCCUCCCCCCUCAGGGUCCUGCUCCCUCAGGUGUGUCCCAGGUAGAUGCAGUCGAGCCUGUCGAGGUAGCUGUUGACUCUGGUGCUGCUGGGGGUGCUGAGCCUGGGGGUGCUGCGACUGGGGGUGCUGGGCUUGAGGGUACUGCGCCUGGGGGUGUUGACCUUGGGGGUGCUGCGUCUGGGGGUGCUGAGCCUGGGGGUGCUGAGCCUGGGGGUGCUGUGUCUCGGAGUACGGAGCCUGAGGGUGCUGGGCCUGCUCGUGAGGCGUCUUGUGGUGCUGGGCCUGGCGGUUCUUCGGGUGCUUCGUCCCGGCGGGAGCUGCUCUCUCCACAGGAGCUGCGUGAGUGGUUUGCCCGGCGCUGGAGGCGUGCUGCUGGAGCUGGCGGUACUUCGGACGCUGGAGGUUCUGCCGUUGCUGAGGGUGCUGGUGCAGCGGGUCCCGGAGGUGCUCGUACAGGGUGUACUGGAGCUGCUGGGCCUACGGGUGCUCCUGGUGCUGGAGCUGGUGGUGCUGCGGACGCUGGAGGUUCUGCUGCUGCUGAGGGUGCUGGUGCAGAGGGUCCCAGAGGUGCUCGUACAGGGUGUACUGGAGCUGCUGGGCCUACGGGUGCUCCUCCUGCUGGAGCUGGUGGUGCUACUGGUGCUACUGGCGUUGGUGCUGCUGGUGCUCCUGGAGCUGGAGCUGCUGCGUCUUCGGGUGGUCCGACUGGAGCUGGAGCUACUGGGGGUGCUGCCGCUGGAGGUGCUACUGGCGCUGGUCCGGCUGAGGGUGCUGGAGUUGGAGCUGCUGGAGCUGGUGGCGCUGGUGCUCCCGUUGGGGGUGCAGUUCCUGCUGGCACUGGUGGCGCUGCGCGGCCCCGGCCGUACUUCGUUCCGCUCCUUGAGCAGGUUCUUGGUCUUCCGUCCUCUCUUGGUCCUGCUCCUCCCUUAGCGUGUCCGCCUCCUGUCCAGUCUGAGUCACAGCCGUGCCUCUAG